AUGGGGAAUAACAGCUAUAAUCAGGGCUGGUUACCCAACAGGGGGGAAAUUGAGGAACAUUCACCGGAGAUCAAGAUCCAGAGAAUGGGGUCCACUGGCUAUUCGGAUUGGAACUCUGUGAAGUCUCCCGCGAGCGAGGGAGACAUCAACACGGCAGGCGAAAUUAGCAUCAAGAGCCGCACAUCCUCAUUCAAGGAGAUAUUGUCAGGCGGUAAACGCGGGUACAGACACAAUCCCUAUUCAUUUCACGCAGACUCAUAA